AUGAAUAAGUAUCGUUUGACAACUACAAAUAAUACUAAUAAUAUUAAUAUCACAGAUAAAAGCAUUUUUCAUACAUCAUUACCAACAGUUGUUAAUAUCUCAAAUGAUCAUUCACAUAUAGAUGAAACUGAUCGUUUCCUUAAUGAACGUGGUUCACUAAACAUUUCAUCCGUUUUACCAUAUUCAUCUAAUCUUGAAGAAAGAGAUGAAAAUGAAUUACCAUUUCCAGGUUUUGUUGAAACAGCUUUUUAUUCUCUUCGACAAACAACACCACCACGUUAUCAAUGUUUAAAACUUAUAACAUGGUCAUGGUUUGAACGAAUAAGUAUUUUUGUUAUUUUGCUUAAUUGUAUUACACUUGGUAUGCAUCAACCAUGUGCACAUCAUACUGGUAUAGAGUCAUCGAAAAAAUGUGAUACAGCACGUUGUAUUUGGCUACAAGCAACAGAUUAUUUUGUUUUUGCAUUUUUUACAAUUGAAAUGUGUAUUAAAAUGAUAGCGAUGGGAAUAUUUGGUAAAGGAACUUAUCUUGCUGAAUCAUGGAAUCGACUUGAUUGUUUUAUUGUUCUUGCCGGAUUCGUGGAAUUGUUGGUACCAGGUGAUAAUUUAAGUCUGUCAGCUAUUCGUACAGUUCGAGUACUUCGUCCAUUACGUGUCAUUAAACGUGUACCAUCGAUGCGUAUUCUUGUUAUGCUUUUACUCGAUACAUUACCUAUGCUUGGCAAUUUACUUCUUCUCUGCUUUUUUAUCUUUUUUAUCUUUGGUGUUAUUGGUGUACAAUUAUGGAAAGGAUUAUUACGUAAUCGUUGUUUUUUACAACUAAAUACUACAAUUAUAGAUAAUUACACAUUAUUCGAUGAUUUUCCUUUCCAAUCUUUUUAUAUUCCUCCUGAUCAAGAUUCAUUUAUUUGUUCUGAACCAUCAUCAAGUGGAAUGACAAAAUGUUCAGAAAUUCCACAAUUUUCUCGAGAUAAUAUGACAUGUGAACUUGAUUUUCAUUCAUUGAGUUCAUCAUUAACAAAUAAAGCAAUAAAUGGAUGUAUUAAUUGGAAUCAAUAUUAUCAAUUAUGCGCUAUUUCUGAUCAAAAUCCAUUUUCUGGAUCGAUUAGUUUCGAUAAUAUUGGUUUAGCAUGGCUUGCUAUCUUUCAGAUAAUCAGUCUCGAAAGUUGGGUUAGUAUAAUGUAUUAUAUACAAGAUGCACAUUCAUUUUGGGAUUGGAUUUAUUUUCUAUGUCUUAUUGUUAUUGGUUCAUUUGUUAUGAUGAAUCUCUGUCUUGUUGUUAUUUCUGCACAAUUUAGUGCAACAAAAAAACGUGAAACAGAACGAAUGUUAGCUGAACAAAGACGUUUUUCAGGUUCAACAGCUACAGCAACAAGUGAUCAACAAGGUUCUUGUUGGGAAGAAAUAAUUAAAUAUUUUCAACGAUUAUCGAAACGUGUAUAUAAACCAUUCAGAAUAUUCUGGAAAAAUUAUCGACAAAAACGUGAUAAAGUUAAUCAAAGACAUCAACGAAAAGUAAAAACAACAAAAAAGAUAUUAAUACCAAAUUCAUUACCUUCAUCUGAUCUCAAUAUAGUCUCGUUAACUCCACUAAUUAAUCAAGAACGUCGACCAAAUUGUCGACAUCAUCAAACUCAACCAUUACUAGUACCAACGUCAUCAUCAAAAUCUAUUGAUCACGACAUUGGUACUUGUGACAGUUAUCCAGACGUAACUGUUCCAACGUCAGCAGAUAAUAAUUCACUUAUGGAAAAAAAUCGAGAAAAAAUUGAAAACUUUGAAUUUGAACGAGACCAACAAAUAGAAAGACAUGAUGAAUGUCAUUGUUAUUAUCAAGAUGAAAUAGUUAAUGCAUCUGACAAUAAUCAAGAAGAAGAAAAAUCUAAAUUUCAUCAAAGAAAUAAAAUUUGUUGUUAUUCACGUCUUACAAUAAUACAAAAAUUAAUUUCAUCUUUUGUUGCUAGUAAAUAUUUUGAUCGCAUUAUUUUCUCAGCUAUUAUUAUAAAUUCGCUUUCAAUGGCUAUUGAAUAUCAUGGACAACCACAAUCAUUAACAAAUGUAUUAGAAUAUAUCAAUUAUGUUUUUGUAAUAUUAUUUACAAUAGAAAUGCUAUUUAAAAUAAUUGCUGAAGGUUGUUUAAAAUAUAUUAAAAAUCCAUUUAAUAUAUUUGAUGCUGGAAUUGUUUUAAUUAGUUUUAUUGAAUUAUAUGGAACAAAAAAUAGUGGAUUAUCUGUUUUACGUACAUUUAGAUUACUACGUGUACUUAAACUUAUCCGAUUUAUGCCGACAUUAAGACGACAAUUGGUGAGUUAG